UCACCAUCUUGUUUUAUUUAUUUAUUUUUAUUAUAGCAAAAAAAGAAAGAACAAACCCUCCAAAUUCUAAACCAGAUCAAAACCCAUUUGAUUCUAGCUCUAGGGUUUCUCUUCUUCUUUCUCAAUACUCAGCAGAAACCCUAGAACAAACAAAGAAAAAUAAAGUAACUUUAACUUUUUUUUCCACACUCUGUACCUCACAUUUCUGUCUCUGUUAAUCCCACAACUUGUGCUGAAAACAAAUAAAGAACACUUUUUUUUUUGGUGGGUUUUUCUUCAUAUUUGCUAUCAUAUUGGUUUUUGCUUUGUGGGCUGAGAUUCUUUUGGCUGAAGAUGGAGCAGGAGAUAUUAUUAUAUAUGAAAAACAGAGUUGGGUUACGCUUAUGAGGGUCAGUGCUUUGUUUUUCAAUUUGUUUCCUUUUUUUUUGGGUAUUGGAAAUUAGAAUACUUUCUAUUUGUGAUUAUUAGUGUUUACUAGUAAAGCAUAUGAGUGAGAAAUUCACACGGUUAGGUUGCCCAUUGAAAUUGUAAAUCAUAAUAAUUCAAAUUCCCACAUGGAUAAUGAGAUGAUUGAAUUUGAUAUUGGGUUGGGGAGUGGUGGUGGUGAUGAUGAUGGUGUGGAUAUGGAUGAUGAAGAAAUGGUUGAUAGCCCAACUCACAUCACUACCAGUGGUGGAGGUGGUGCUGGCACAAGCUCUGAACUUUACCUUCCUGAGGGGGACCUAUUGGACCUUGAACCUUAUGAAGGAAUGGAAUUUGAGUCUGAAGAGGCUGCCAAGGCUUUCUAUAAUUCUUAUGCUCGUCGUGUUGGCUUCAGUACCCGUGUCAGCUCCUCCCGUCGUUCCAGGCGUGAUGGGGCUAUCAUUCAGAGGCAAUUUGUCUGUGCCAAGGAGGGGUUUCGCAACUUGAAUGAGAAGCGCACCAAGGACAGAGAGAUUAAGCGCCCGAGAACCAUUACUCGAGUGGGCUGCAAAGCAUCCUUGUCUGUCAAGAUGCAGGACUCAGGGAAAUGGGUUGUGUCUGGGUUUGUUAGGGAACAUAAUCAUGAGCUGGUUCCACCCGAUCAGGUGCACUGCCUUCGCUCUCACAGGCAAAUCUCUGGCCCUGCCAAGACCUUGAUCGAUACCUUGCAGGCUGCUGGGAUGGGUCCUCGGAGGAUUAUGUCUGCUCUCAUUAAAGAGUAUGGUGGAAUAAGCAAAGUGGGAUUUACAGAGGUUGAUUGUAGGAAUUACAUGAGGAAUAACCGACAGAGGAGCUUAGAAGGGGACAUUCAACUUGUUCUGGAUUAUUUGAGACAAAUGCAUGCCGAGAACCCGAAUUUCUUCUAUGCAGUGCAGGGCGAUGAGGAUCAGUCUAUGAGCAAUGUUUUCUGGGCUGAUCCAAAGGCGAGGCUGAACUAUACUUACUUUGGUGAUACUGUUACAUUUGACACUACCUACAGGUCCAAUAGGUACCGUCUUCCCUUUGCACCUUUCACUGGGAUAAACCAUCAUGGACAUCCUGUUUUGUUUGGUUGUGCUUUCCUAAUAAAUGAAUCUGAAGCAUCAUUUGUGUGGUUGUUUAAUACGUGGCUUGUGGCAAUGUCUGGUCGACCUCCAGUGUCAAUCACAACUGAUCAUGAUGCGGUGAUACGUUCAGCCAUCACACAGGUUUUCCCAGAGACCCGCCACCGCUUCUGCAAAUGGCACAUUUUCAAAAAAUGCCAGGAGAAGUUGUCCCAUGUGUUUCUCAAGCACCCAAAUUUUGAAGCAGACUUUCAUAAAUGUGUUAACUUGACCGAGUUGAUUGAGGAAUUUGAGUCUUGCUGGUUGUCACUUCUUGAUAGAUAUGAUCUCAGGGAUCAUGAGUGGCUUCAAACAAUCUACUCCGCUCGCAGACAAUGGGUACCUGUAUAUUUACGGGAUACCUUCUUUGCAGAAAUGUCCAUAACCCAGCGAAGUGAUAGUAUGAAUUCAUACUUUGAUGGCUAUGUGAAUGCCUCAACCAAUCUGAGUCAGUUCUUUAAGCUAUAUGAGAAAGCUUUAGAGAGUCGCAAUGAGAAAGAGGUGAAAGCAGAUUAUGAUACUAUGAACGCUGCCCCGAUUUUGAAGACCCCUUCUCCAAUGGAGAAACAAGCAUCUGAACUUUACACGAGAAAACUAUUUGUGCGGUUUCAAGAGGAGCUAGUUGGAACGCUAACUUUCAUGGCAUCCAAGGCUGAGGAUGAUGGGGAGGUAAUCACAUAUCAAGUGUCCAAGUUUGGGGAGGAUCAUAAAGCUUAUUAUGUUAAAUUCAAUGUUUUGGAGAUGAGAGCAACUUGUAGUUGCCAGAUGUUUGAGUUUUCAGGUCUUCUUUGCAGACACAUAUUGGCAGUAUUUAGAGUGACUAAUGUGCUUACUCUUCCAUCUCACUAUAUAUUAAAACGAUGGACGAGAAAUGCCAAGAGCAGUGUUAUAUUAGAAGAACGUACAAGUGAUGUAUAUACCAAUUAUCUAGAAUCUCAUACCGUACGAUAUAAUACCCUACGCCAUGAGGUUUUUAAAUUUGUCGAUGAAGGGGCAAAGGCUUUGGAAACUUAUGAUGUGGCAAUGGGUGCUUUGCAAGUGGCUGCAAAAAAACUUUCUCAUGCAACAAAGAACGAGGGAAAAACAGGCAUGGCCAAUGGGCGUGUUAAGGGUAACUUGGCGACUGAUGGAAGUCGUGCAAAUUGCACCACUGAUGAUCUUGAAAGGUGCUCGGGACAGCAUCUAUCUGAGGAUGAUAUGGACAGGAGAAUUCGAGAACUUACCAAUGAACUGGAGAGUGCAAAUCGAAAAUGUGAGGUUUAUCGGGCAAACCUGCUAUCAGUUUUAAAAGAUAUUGAGGAUCAUAAGCAGCAGUUGUCGAUUAAAGUGCAAAACAUAAAGAUUAGUAUGAAAGACGGCCUCUAAAAUGCAAUACAGUUAGAUACAUGUAGUUUCUUUUAAGUCUAUGUAGUUACAAUGUUCUUUGGUUUGGACUGGGCUGUUCGCCUGUUCCUUCACUUUCAGUAAGUAGAUGGUGUAGAGAUUGGGUAGUCUUCUCUUGGAUAGAUGAUGGAUGUUAGGUUGCCCUGCACAGUGUAUUUAAUUUGGUGCCUCUAGAUGUGGAUUGUAAUAAAUUCAAAGUGGUAGUUACUUCAUUCAAA